CAUACAUAGCCCCAUAAGAAACUAGCUAGCGUCUUGUGUUGUAGACACUCAAUACAACACAAUGCCAAGAGAACGAGAACCUCUAGUAGUUGGUCGUGUGAUAGGGGAUAUAUUGGACCCUUUCACAAGAUCUAUUAGCCUAAGAGUUAUAUAUAGGGACAGAGAUGUUAAUAAUGGCUGUGAGCUUAGGCCUUCCCAAGUUGUUAACCAGCCAAGGGUCGAAGUUGGCGGAGAUGAUCUUCGUACCUUUUACACUUUGGUUAUGGUGGACCCUGAUGCUCCAAGUCCAAGUGAUCCAAGUCUAAGAGAAUACCUUCACUGGUUGGUCACUGAUAUUCCAGCUACCACAGGUGCAAAUUUUGGGCAAGAAAUAGUGUGCUAUGAAAGUCCAAGGCCAUCAAUGGGAAUCCAUCGUUUUGCAUUCGUAUUGUUCAGACAAUUGGGUCGACAGACAGUGUAUGCUCCAGGAUGGCGUCAGAACUUCAACACAAGAGAUUUUGCAGAACUCUAUAAUCUUGGUUUACCAGUUGCUGCUGUCUAUUUCAAUUGCCAAAGAGAGAGUGGCAGUGGUGGACGUAGAAGGUCUGCCGAUUGAUCACUUGAUUGUUCCCUUUUAAUAUUUUAUCUAUCCCAUAUGCAUCUACCAAUAGAAAAAAAAUAGUUGUUAAAAAGCCUGUAUGCAACAAAAUGGCACAUUAGCUAACCAGCAAUGCCAUUGCUAUCCAUCUUUACUUUCUAUGACUGCAUAAUACUAGUGUAUCUUGUAUUAUUACAGAGAAGAUAUAGGGUUCUCAUAUAAAUAGAAGUUAAACUCUUUUUAUUCUUCAUUUGCACACUA